CACGGCGGGACCCGGUAGAGGGCGCAGCUGGGCGAGCUCGGCCUGGAAGGAGCCGGUACGUUCCAGCCCGCUCCGCCCCGGCUCGCUCUGCCAGGCUGCGGCGGGAAGUUGAGUCCCAGAGGUCCCGGCCAUGUGGAGAGGUGGCGGGGGCGCUGCGGGGGAACGGCGGCCCAGGCUCUGGCCUAAGGCCACGGGGCCCAACCUGCCGCCGCCCGCUAUCGAGUUUCCCGAGGAAGGGCCGGAGCCGCAGUACGAUGAAUCUGAUGUACCAGAAGAACUUCGAGUUGUGAAUGGUUCAGAAAAAUGUUAUUUCACUUCUACAAUUGCAAACCAGCUACUGCUUGUUUCUCUGCUAGAACAUAUUUGCCAAGUGUAUGCACAAAAUCCUGUUCAAUCAAGAUCUUUGUUCCAAAUAAUCUGUCGGACAUUCACUAGAAUGGGCUUGCUCUCCUCUUUUGCCUUCUGUGAUGAAUUUAGUACUUUAAGAUUGCAACAUAAUAGAGCAAUUACUCAAUUAAUGAAAGCAGCCAAUCAACAAAUACUUGAGGACCUUGACGGUGGAGAUUCUCACACAGUCAGUGAAAAAGAAGUUUUCUUUGAAGCACAAACUUCACGCUACUUAAAUGAAUUUCAUGAGAUUGCAAGACUAGGAAAAGGGGGAUAUGGUACAGUGUACAAGGUCAGAAACAAAUUAGAUGGUCAGUUCUAUGCAAUUAAAAAAAAUCUUAUUAAGAAAGCAACCAAAAGAGAUUGCAUGAAGGUAUUACGAGAAGUUAAAGUGUUGGCUGGCCUGCAACAUCCUAAUAUUGUAGGCUAUCACACUGCUUGGAUAGAACAUGUUCAACAAGCAUAUCCAAAAGAUAAGACAGUCCUGAAGUUGCAGUCACUCAAAAAGUCUUCUGACCAAGAAGGUGGCGAAGACCAGUGUCAUAUUCAAAAUAUGGAAAGCAGCAGUUCCAUUAUCUUUGCUGACUAUACCUCAGAAGAAAUUAAAUCCUCUGGAUAUAACUUUCUUGAGAAUCAAGAUAAUAAAUCAGUGCAGCAUAUGGAUAUAACGAAAGAUUUUACCAGUGGAGAUGGUGAAGAAAGAAUAAAAACGAAUAAAUGUGAACCACUCACUGACUCACAAGAAAGUUGCACAGAUAGUACUGCCAAUGGACCAGUUAAUUUUAAAAGUCAUCUAUCACAUGGACUUCAUUCUAAUCUGAAUAAAGAUAUCAUUUCAAGUGAUUCUUGCACUGAAGACGAAUGCUUCCAGAAACGUAUGUCGGUGCACAGGCAGUGUGAGAUGGAGUAUUGUCUGAUGCUUCAUAUACAGAUGCAACUGUGUGAUAUCUCCUUGUGGGACUGGAUUGUUGACAGAAACAAAAGAUGUGGUGAGCGAACAGAGGAAUCUUCCAGAACCAGAGGACCAGGAACUUUUAUGAUUUUAACUCCACAGGACAUUUCAAUCAAAUCGAAAAGCAACCAAUUUAACACCGAUAAAAGUCCUUACCACCUUGUGGACGUCAGCUGGACAUUAAAAUUUUUUCAAGAGUUACUAGAAGGAGUAUACUAUAUACACAGCAAGGGAGUCAUGCAUCGAGACAUUAAACCCAGAAAUGUCUUUCUACAUGGAUCAGACCACCAUGUGAAAAUAGGAGAUUUCGGACUGGCUUGCAGAGAUCUUAUACAGGAAAACCCAAACCACUGGUUAACAACAGAGAAGAUAAAUGGACUAAAACAUACUUCAGGAGUCGGUACUUGUCUGUAUGCUUCACCUGAACAGUUGCAAGGAUCUCACUAUGAUUUCAAGUCAGACAUGUACAGUGUGGGUGUAAUUCUUCUAGAACUUUUUCAGCCAUUUGGAACAGAAAUGGAAAGAACCAAAAUUCUGACAAGUUUAAGAAAUGGCAAUGUUCCUAGUUCUUUUAGCAGCAAAUGGCCAGUACAAACCAAGUAUGUUAAGUUGCUAACCAGUGAGAUGUCAUCACAGAGACCAACUGCUGCUCAGCUUCUUGAAAGCGAACUGUUUCAUAAUACAGAAAAUGUUAUUUGUAGUCUACAGCAGAAGGUGAUGCAGCAAGAGGCAGAAAUUGAAAAGCUUAAGGAGAAAAUAAAAUUGCUUUCAAGAGAAAAAGAGAGAGAAGAUAGGCACAAGAGGCUUGGUUCUCCAGUUUAAGUAGAGUAUCAGUCAGACUGUAUAUACAUGAGUAGCUCAGUAUAACCUAUACAAUUAUGUAAAAUUUUUUAUAUAAAUGUCAAAACAGC